GCAUUUGGAUGCGGGAGGAUACGUGCGCUGCGGGACUAGAGCUGGGAGUUGGGACGUAGAGUUGACGUCGUGAGGCGAUCGAGACGAGGCGACCAUCAUUCGCGGGCCGACAGUCGGGUAGCGCGGUCGUCGUCUGCGCUCUCGACGGACACCGGAAUAAACUUUUCAACAUUCGUCUUUUACAUCUGACGGAGAAAAAUGAGGGCUGGAGGGCUCCUGGCGGCAGCCCUUCUGCUGCUCAGCACCUUUACUAUCCAGGUGUUGAAGGCUGAAGACAUUUACAUGGAGGCAGAGGACGUGGCAGACAAUGAAUUCUUGGAAGUUAAGCCCAAAGAUCUCGGUCUUGAUGGACAUCUACGACGACUGAAACGUGGUCUAUUUGACAGUUGGUUUUCGCCUUUUGACACGUCUUCGACUACUGAGGCGCCCCCUGAAAACAUCGAGUCGAUCACUGAAGACGAUGCGAGCUUCGACAGGAAAGACGACGAUUUGGACACCGAAGGCUCCGGCUACCCGGAGAACAGAGUCGAGCCAGAAAUUAAAGAAAAGACCCUUCGUGUUACCUUCGUAGUCAUGGAACCAUAUCGAGAAGAGUACGUCAACAGAGAUUCGAUACAGUUCCAGAACUUAUCCAAAUCUCUUGCUGAUGAAGUCAAUAAGCUCUUCGAAUCUUUGCCUGGCACACAAAAGGCUAGCCUAGUGAGAAUCCAGUCUUGCGUCUCCGACGACUUCUCCUGCAAAGUUACUCUGGACAUUGUAACAACUGGAUACGACAACACGGACGUGAUCGCUCAAACCCUGAGAGACCACAUCAGGAACCGAAGCAUGCUAGGGAAGGUCACAGUAAACGAUAACGAUUUCAGCGCUUUUGUUAUUGAUUCAGCAAACUUCACUUGUCGCCCUAAUGAGAUCCAGUGCGGCGACGGUGCUUGCGUCCCAGAAUCGGCAAGAUGUAAUAAUGAAAGGGACUGUAGCGAUUGGUCCGACGAAAAGAACUGCCCUAUUGAAAACAUUCCCGAUGAGGAACAAGAACAGACCUUAGAGGCUGAAACAGAAAGUUAUCGUCCUAUCGAACGUGGCGAUCAGCCCUUCGCAUCUGAAACGACCACGCCUUAUUAUGACGAAGACGAAGUUACAGUUCCCUAUCCUGAACAAUUUACAUGUUCAUUGGACGAGUUCAAAUGCGAUGAGACCCGUUGCAUCAGACGGGACGAGGUGUGCAACAACAUCAACGACUGUCACGAUGGAACUGACGAAGUGGACUGCGCAAAAUCAUGUGGUAUCGACGACUUUACUUGCAACAACGGAGCCUGUAUCGAGGGUUUCAGACGUUGUGAUGGCGCUGUGGACUGUUCUGAAGGCGAAGACGAAGUUAAUUGUGAAUGCAGAGAGGACCAAUUCAGGUGUAGAUCUGGAUCAUGUAUUGAAUUGAGAAAACGCUGUGAUGGAUACGAACACUGCAGCGACCGCUCAGACGAGGAGAACUGCAACGAAAGUGGAUUCUUUAAAUGUCGAAACGGGAAAUUGCUUCCUGUGUCAAUGAAAUGCAAUCGUCAUUAUGAUUGUCCAGAGGGAGACUAUUCCGAUGAACAGAAUUGCCCAUGUAGUAAAGACGACUUCAAAUGCGACAAUGGGCACUGCAUACCUGCAUCAAAACAUUGUGACAGGACGCAUGAUUGUCAGGAUGGGUCAGACGAACGGCAUUGUGUUUACGGCACAAUAUGCAUGGCUUAUCAGUUUAAAUGCUCGAGUGGAGAUUGCGUGCCCGCUGAAAGUUGGUGCAAUGGCACCAAGGAAUGCAAUGACGCUUCAGACGAAACGAAUUGUCCAUGUAAAAGGGGCCAGUUUCAAUGUCAUGACGGUUCUUGUAUUAAUAUAGCCUUGCGGUGUAAUGGUCGUAACGAUUGUUUACCAAAAGGCGAGGACGAGUUCAACUGCGGUACGUUGAGUUGUCCACCAGAGAAGUUCGCUUGUAGUCCAACAUCAUCGGUGCCGUGUGCUAUAAGAUGCAAUGGCUUCCCCGAAUGCGAUGGGAACGAAGACGAAGACAACUGUCCAGACGAAGAAUGCAGCCACCAGUGCGACGGGAAAUGUCUUCCGGAUGCGAAUAUCUGUGACUCUAUCACGGACUGUUCAGACGGUUCGGACGAGUUGCAUUGUGCACAGUGCGAUGGUCCAGACGAUUACAGGUGUGAUACUGACGAGUGUAUAAGCAGAAAUUGGGUUUGUAACGGCCACUUCGAAUGUCCUAACGGCGAAGACGAGGCAGACUGCAACAGUACUAUAGUUUCGACUCCAACAUGUGACGAAAACAGCUGGCAGUGCCGAAGCGGUCAAUGCAUACCGUCCAGCAGCUAUUGCGACAACGUCUACAACUGUUACGAUAGGUCGGAUGAAGCCGAUUGCCUUCCAUCAACUCCUGCAUACGAAAACGAAUACCCACCAAUAGUUUCUACAACUUUGAGUCCUUACUACACAACGACUCGACGAGAUGUUGGAUCCAGCAAUUAUGACAGAAGACCUGAAAACCCAUACGGAUCGGAAAACCAAGGGACAUAUUCGCCUUACGACGACGACGCAAGACGUCCUACAACGUAUUCACCAUACGGACCCAGUUCAGAGAGACCUGAUCCGCGUCGACCGUAUCCACCAUAUGGCUCUGUAACUACCAACCGACCCGAUGACAGGCAGGAUCCCUAUAGCAGCCCACCUGGUGGGGAAUAUGAUCCUUAUGGACAAGGUGCUGGUAGCCCAGAUGAUAGACGUCCUCCAUACAGUCAACCUGGAAAUCAAGACAUCAGUCCUGGAGGUGGAAGCCCAUACAAUCCUGAACCAGAAAACCAACCGGAUAAUAGAGAAGAUCCCUCUGGCGGCCAACCUGGCGGUGAGUAUAAUCCUUAUGGCCAGGGUGCUGGUGGACCAGACGAUAGACGUCCACCGUAUACUCAACCUGGAAGUCAAGAUGUAAGUCCAGGAGGUGGAAGCCCAUACAAUCCCGAAUCAGGAAGUCAACCAAAUAACAGAGAAGAUCCUUAUGGUGGCCAGUCUGGUGGUGAAUAUGAUCCUUAUGGCCGGGGUGCUGGUAGUCCAGAUGAUAGACGUCCUCCAUACGGUCAAUCUGGAAGCCAAGACAUCAGUCUUGGAGGUGGAAUACCAUACAACCCCGAAUCAGUAAGGCAACCAGACAACAGAGAUCCCUAUGGCGGCCAAUCCGGUGGUGAAUAUGAUCCCUAUGGGCGGGGCGUAAGUGGAACAGACGACAGACGUCAACCUGGAAGCCAAGAUGUUGGUCCAGGAGCUUCGGGUCAAGGCAAUUCAAAUCAACCAGAAAACCGGCCCUAUCGUCCUGAAAGUGGCAAUAGCGUUUAUGAGACGGGUGAGGGGCAAUAUGGAUCUGGUAGUCAAAGAGGAGACAGAGGUCCCAUUCCGUUAAAUAUCAAAACAUAUCCGCAAGACCAGGAAUCUGUCAGAUACGGUGGUGAUGUAGUGCUUCAGUGCCGUGAUGAAGGCCCUCGUCGUGCACCCGUGAGAUGGAUCCGAGAAGGUGGUAGGCCGAUGAGGCCAAACUACCAGGAAAGAAAAGGACGACUGGAACUGUUUGGUGUUACCCCAUCCGAUAGUGGUGUAUACAUAUGUCAGGCACCAUCUUAUCUGAGACAGCCUGGUGCGGAAGUUCGAGUUACUUUGGAAGUGGAGACGAGCCCUGUGACCGUGCGGCCAGUGUUCGGUGUUUGUAAGCCACAUGAAGCCACUUGCGGUAACGGGCAGUGCAUACCAAAAUCGGCUAUUUGCAACUCUGUUUUCGACUGCGCUGAUCAUUCAGACGAAGAUGGCUGCGGAGCCAGUGGCCAGUGCGAACCGAACGAGUUUGUUUGCGCGAACCACAAGUGCAUUCUUAAGACCUGGCGUUGUGACUCCGAGGACGACUGCGGCGAUGGUUCUGAUGAACUUAACUGUGGAACCCCAACUCCUGGAAGCCCUUGCUUGGCGGUAGAAUUCUCAUGUGCUUCUAACAACCAAUGUAUUCCGAAGAGCUUCCACUGUGACGGACAAUCUGACUGCGUUGAUGGCUCUGAUGAAAUCGGAUGCGCUCAAGUAUAUAUCACGAAACCCCCGCAACCUUCAUACGUGAGAUUGAAUCCGGGCGACUCGUUGACUCUAAGAUGUGAGGCCGUUGGUGUACCUGUUCCACUAGUCUCGUGGCGUCUCAACUGGGGACAUGUUCCACCUCAAUGCACCUUUACCAGUGACAACGGUAUCGGAGUUUUGACAUGUCCAAACAUGCAGCCCCAACAUAGCGGUGCGUAUUCGUGCGAGGCCAUCAAUAAUAAGGCUACGACAUUCGCGACACCGGACGCAAUCGUACACGUGAAUAGAACCGAUCCUUGCCCCGUUGGAUAUUUCAAUAGCGAUGCGCGUUCACAAAGCGAAUGCAUCCAGUGCUUCUGCUUCGGCGAGUCCACGCAGUGUCGCAGCGCGGAUCUGUUUACGUACAACAUGCCGACUCCUCUUGGAGAAGGCGGCACCAGAUUCGUCACUGUCACUCAUCAGGCCAGAGGCGACAUCAGUAUCGGCGCCCCGAUGAACAACGAAUACUUCUAUCAACCUUUGAGGAACGGAGCUACUGUGACCAGAAUAGUCCCCGGAGACAUGGGCUGGUUCAAAGAUGCUCAUCCAUACGUGACCUUACCAGAAACCUACAACGGUAACCAGUUAACUUCAUACGGUGGUCACAUCAAAUACACCAUCUCGCCUCACGGAUCCGGAUAUGGCUCAGAUGACACUGCACCAACCAUAAUCAUCAAGGGGAAAUACUUCACUCUGUUCCAUUACUACCGCGGCGAGACGACUAAAACUAUCAACAUCGAAGCUCGUUUGACUCCCGAGAACUGGCUGAUUCUGGACGAAAACGGCGUUCAAGCGCCAGCGCAGAGAUCGACCAUCAUGAUGACAUUGGAUAACGUUGAAAUGAUACUCCUACGCGCUGAUCUGCACAAUGCGGGCGUGAACAUCACAAACUUCGCAAUGGAAUCCGCGCAGCACAUCAAUGUUGGACUCGGUGCUGCGAGUCUGGUUGAAGAGUGUACUUGCCCGCCUGGAUACGAAGGACUUUCAUGCGAGAAAUGCGCUGUUGGCUAUACCCGUGAUCAAUCUGGGGAAUGGUUGGGUACUUGCGUCCGCGAGACCUGCCCGCCAGGUACUUACGGAGACCCAAGUAGCGGAUAUGCCUGCAAGCCUUGCCCUUGCCCAUUGACCAACAGGGAAAACAACUUCGCCUCCACUUGCGCACUGGGACCUGACGGCACUGUUCUCUGCAAUUGCCGACCGGGCUACGAAGGCAGCAACUGUAAUAUCUGUUCGUCUAACUACGAAGGAAAUCCUCUCAUGCCCGGAGACUCGUGUAAGCCUAAAGCUACCAAGAAAUGCAACCCCGCCGGUACAAAGCAGGUUCGAUUCCCUGACGAGUGUGCGUGCAAGGUCAACGUACAAGGACGUCAUUGUGACCAGUGCAAGAACGAUUCAUUCUAUUUGUCUGAAGACUUCAGUCACGGAUGCGCUCUCUGCUUCUGCAUGGGCGUGACCCAGCAAUGUACAAGCAGCAACCUAAGACGUACAACCACUGCCGUUCAAUUCAACGUGCCCAACAUUGUGAACCAAGUCAGGAUUUACAACAGUUCAGCUGGUAGAGCACUCCAGGCUGUACGGUACAGUGUGCCGGUUGAAACUGAAAUGAGACCUCGGAUCUACAGCGGCAGUAUAGAUGUACCGAUACCGGCAGUCCGGGACAACGUUUACUACUGGAGCUUACCAAACGGUUUCACCGGUGACUUGGUGACGGCCUACGGUGGUUACUUGAGGUACACUUUGGAUAACGUUCCGAUAUCACUAAACAGCGCUCCGGACGUACAGCUCAUCAGUAACACGAACCCUACAUUCCAUUACACUGGCAACUUCGUUCCAUCAUACGACGGAACCCUAAACGUUUCGAUACACCUUCUAGAAACCGGUUGGAAAAGGUUUGACGGCAUAGAAAUACCUCGAGAGCACUUCUUAGUGGCUUUAGUUGAUGUUAAAGCCAUUCUUAUAAAGGCUACGUAUUCCCAAGACUCACCAAUGGCCAUUCCGAUUAGUGCUAGUAUCGAUAAGGCUGAUCCUAAUGGGGAGGGACCGGCCGCUCUACACGUCGAACAAUGUGUUUGUCCACCAGCUUAUACUGGGACAUCUUGUGAAACCUGCGCUCCUGGUUACACUAGGGGUGAUCGAACUAUAUACUUGAAAGAAUGCAUACCUUGCAACUGUAACGGUCAUUCGAAUAUGUGUAAUCCAAAGACAGGGGUCUGUUACGACUGCAAGGAUAACACGGAUGGUCCCCAGUGCGAACUCUGCAAGCCUGGAUACGACAGAGACGGCUACGGCAACUGCGUUGAAUCCGAUAACUUCAUCAGCACCCAGCAACCUUGCAGAUGCAAUCCUGACGGCGUCGAAGUACCAUGUGACGAGACUGGUACCUGUUCUUGCAAGCAGAACGUCGAAGGCGAUUACUGUGACACCUGCAGACCUGGAACCUACGGGCUGGAUCGAAACAACCCUCAGGGAUGUCUCUCGUGUUAUUGUUCCGGCGUCACCAGCGAAUGUCACGAGGGCGUCCACUACAGUAGAAUACCGAUGGCCGCACCAGUUUUCGGCGAAAACAACGGCGGCUACAGCCUCACCGACUUAAACGCAGAAAAAAUAUACAACGAACAUUUCGUACCAGUUCCCGAUAAAAGCGAGCUCAUGUACAUAUUCUCGUACCCACCCGAAAACGAACUGUAUUGGUCGUUGCCCAUCUUCCCUGGUAACAGAGUACUGUCAUACGGUGGUUCGCUGUCGAUAAGACAAGAGUUCCGAAGCAACAACGACGAUGCGGUCUCACAGAGUGGCGUCGACGUUGUUCUUGUCGGCAAAGACGCUUCGGUGUACUGGUCCAACCCGACUCCGAUCCGAUCCGGCGUGCCUCUUAAUUACCAGGUGAUUUUGAGCGAAGACAACUGGUUCCUAUUGAACACGGCCACGCCGGUCACUCGAAACACCUUCAUGAAUGUCCUGAAGGACCUGAAGCGAGUGCUUGUUCGUGCUACUCUCGAUCCCAACGUACUGUCGACAUCUAUCGCUGACGUGUCCAUGGACACUGCCACUAUCAUGUACGAACAAGAUUUGCCUGUUGCAAAGGGAGUCGAAAUCUGCAUGUGUCCAGCCGGAUACACUGGCACCAGCUGCGAGAGUUGCUCGUCUGGUUACUACAAGGACGUGUCUGGUCGGUGCCAACAGUGCUCAUGUAACGGCCACGACUGUCAACUCGACGCUUACGGACAGACUAUAUGUAACUGCCGCCCCCCUUACACCGGCUCUGAUUGUUCUACCAUCGCCGGUGAGCCCUCGGUGACUACACCGCCUAAUCAACCGCCGCCCGAAGUAACGGUGUUCGUGAGAAUCAUUGAGCCCUCGAACAUAAGGGACCUGCACGUCGGUAGCAGUGUCAACUACACUUGCCAGGCUCAGAGUCGCAUUACGAACAGACUCCGCAUCGCGUGGUCCAAGGCUGAUGGCUACUUGCCUCAAGGAAGGUCGCAGGUCGACGAAAACAGUGGUGUCUUGCUCCUCACUAACCUUCAGACAUCCGAUAGCGGCCAGUACAUCUGUCAGACAAGCGACGGAUACUCAACGGCUCAAGAUGUCGUCACUCUUAUAGUGCCCGGUAAUGAUAUGACCCCGCCCACGGUAUCGAUUCGUCCCAUCACAACUGACUACUAUGAAGGUGAUAGGAUCGAACUAGAAUGCACGGCAACAGGAAACCCAGCUCCUUCUAUCUCAUGGCAGAGGAACUCUAGAAGACCUUUGCCGGCGUCCGCUGAAUCGUUCGAUGACCUCUUGAUAAUUGAAAGUGCACGCCAAGAGGACUCUGGAGAAUACAGGUGUAUCGCUUCGAACGCAGUCAGUACAGAAGUUACUAAAGUCACGAUCAAUGUACGUGCAAAACCAUCUUGGCCAUCUCAGGAGAAGCUAACAGUGUCUCCGACAUCUCUCUCAAUUGACGAGGGCCAAAGUUCUAGGGCUGUCUGUACUGGCACACAAGGCGUUCCGGCCGGCUCCAUUGAGUGGAUCAGGCAAGACAAUGCUCCGUUCGUGGCAAACGUGCGGUCCGAUAACGGGGUAUUGUACAUCGAAUACGCUCGACCCGAGAACGAUGGCAUCUAUGUCUGCCAGAGCUCAUCGUCGAAUGUCUCGCCGCAAUCGAUUAUCAUAACAAUCAUACCGACAUACAGUCCUGACCCCGCCAAAGAGUCGAACAUCAGCAUUUCGGUCGACAGCUUGAAGGUACCGGCUGGUGGAAGCGGAAAGAUCGACUGUAAUCCUGACGGAACAAUUCUACCUACCAUCAAAUGGAGCAAGCACGGCGGAGAAUUCGGAAGCGAAACAAGCCAACGCGGCAACACUCUCAUAAUCAACAACGCCAAAGAGGACGAUCAAGGAUACUAUCUGUGCGAGGGAAUCGUUAACGGCGCCACCAUAGCCAGCUCAUACGUCUACGUCGAGAUCGAAAGACGUGACCCUCCGCAAGUGGACAUCUGGCCCCAAGGCGAGAGAGCAGUCACUCUGGGCACAGAAUACGAACUCAUCUGCAGAGUUCUUGGUGGAGUCCCUGAGCCUGACGUCAUGUGGAGUCGAGGUGGAAGUAGACCGCUGUCCUCGUACGUCCACAUCCGUCCGCAAAAUACGCUCAAGUUUGACCACGUCGACGUGAACGACGAAGGCGAAUACUUCUGCACGGCUACGAACGUGGCCGGUACAGCCACGGCUCGUUCCGUCAUCAAAGUGAGAUCGCCGCCGGUCAUCACCAUCACGCCGGCGAGCUUCCUAGAGGCACCUCUCGGUAGUUCCGUGACAGUCGAAUGCAGAGCCGACGGGUAUCCCCUACCAAUGGUGUCCAUAAAGACAAGCGCUGAUCUCCGCGAGCUGGUGCGGCCCACACCCAGCUUAGCAGCAUUGAAGAUACCGUCGAUAGCUGAGCGCGACGACGGCGACUACAUUUGCACGGCCACUUCUGCGGCCGGCACCAUCGAGGAGCCGUUCGCGAUACGCGUCAGCCGCGGAGACAUUGGAGUCGAAUACGAAUUUGGUGGAAGCGGCGAUGACGAGUUCCCCGUUGACUACAACCCGAACAACCCGACCGGGAGAUCAGACACGUUGAUCGCUUAUGAAAACGAACCAGAAAUAACCAUCUUCUGCAACAGCUCCGAGGGCUUCAACGCACGCUGGGACCGAGGAGACAGACAGUCACUGCAAAGAAAUGCGUACCAAGUUGAUUCACGUUUGAUCAUCCGUGGUGUAUCCAAGAGCGACUCCGGCUUGUACGUUUGUAGUUUGUACAACCGCUACACCGGAGAGGUGGUGAAGGCGAACUACACUAAUCUCCAAGUCGUGACCCGACCUAAGAUAACGUUGAGGCCGGCCAACCAAACGGUCCGACCUGGUCAGUCGCUCACGGUCGAGUGUCUCGUCGAAGGAGAUGAAAUUCUAGACGUCACUUGGAGAUACGACAGGGAGCCUUCUAGACGUGUCGAAAUCCGUGGCCCAGUUCUGGUCUUUAACAACAUCGAAGUGGAAGAUGCCGGCAUAUACUAUUGCAUAGCUCGCAGCCGUUACGGAAACGACACCGCCACCGCCAAUGUCAUCGUAACCGAAAAUACCGAUCGUCCGACCGUGGAAUCUCACAAUAACGAACAGUACGCGCAUUCCGGAGCCGCCGUCCACCUGGGCUGUAACGUCUCGCAGCCCAACUUGAGGAUAUACUGGACUAAGGACGGUCGUCCCGUCCCGAGGUCGCGCCAGAAGACCGACGGCUCACUGUUCAUCAAAGUAGCCCAGAAAUCGGACAGCGGCCGUUACGAAUGCUUCGUCCGAGACCAAUACGGAAGGAGAUCUAGCAAUUACGUCAACUUGCACAUCGAGGGUAUUAAAUGCUCGGAGUUGGAUUUCCGUUGCUCUGACAACAGCGGUUGUAUUGAUAAAUCGUUGGUUUGCAACGGCUUCCGGGACUGUUACGAUGAUAGCGACGAGGAAAACUGCCUAUACAGGAAUAAGAGAUACUUCAAGUCGUGGCAGUCUGAAGACGAGUUACUCCCAGUCGGAGCACGCGACGCAAAUUCUGCUUCGCUGGUGUACAUCGAUCAGCCACGCAGAAAGUUCAGGGUUUCGGAGAACGUCGAAGUUAUCUGUAAGGGAAGAUCUCGAGAUGUCACCUUUAAGUGGGAGCGUCCCGACACCAACUUGUACCUGGUUACUAAUCCGUUCGGAGGCGGUUCUCGGCUGCUGAUAAACAGCGUCCAAGAGUCCGACGCCGGCGUAUAUCGCUGCAUCGGUACAGAUCCAUUCGGCAUCUCCUCGUACGACGAUUUCGUUUUGGAGAUCGAACCAGGUUCUGGCAACGCCGUCUAUCCCGGCAACAGAGACCUGCCCGUCACCCAUUACUCAGCUCGGCUUCGCGAGGCCGUCGACAUGCCCUGCAACCACGACCUAAACGAGCCAGUCAUUAUCGAAUGGAAACGAGAAUAUUCGCCGCUUCCCGCUGAAGUUCGAAGCAAUCAGCCAAUCCUACACUUGGAAAGCGUGACAGAAGCGGAUGCCGGCAUCUACGUCUGCCGCGUCAGCAACCAAGAAGUAACAGUUACAGCGAAGGCGAUCCUUAGGGUGAUCGGUGUGGUUCCACUCUUCAAAGGCAAGAGUUGGUUAUCACUUCCACCUCUGAAAGACGCCUACAGACAAUUCGACAUUGAAGUCUACUUCAAACCCACCGAUCUGAACGGCCUGAUCCUGUACAACAGCCAAAAUCAGGGUAGAACCGGUGACUACAUCGGUCUAAGGUUAUUGGAUGGAGUACCAGAGUUCAUAUUCGACGCUGGUGCCGAACCUGUCAUCGUCAAAGGCGAUAGACCAUUGCAAUUGAACGUCUGGCAUUCAAUAAGAGUCAGCAGGACCGAUUCGAAGGUGACAAUGGACGUCGACGAUACAGGACCGUUCAUAACUGAUUCGGAAGAGCCUUGGUCGGCCGUGCUGGAACUCAACCAGCCAAUGUACAUUGGAGGAGUUCCUGAUAUUGACCAACUACCAGCUGGACUUGCAGGAUCCGAUGGGUUCAUCGGAUGCGUGAGCACUCUGAUCCUCGGCCACGAUGAGAAGAAUAUCAUGCUCGACAGCUUGGAACAAUACGGCGUCGACGAAUGUCGGUCUUGCACUCCCAACCUUUGCGUCAAUGACGGAAUCUGUCAGGAGGCGCGUAAUGAACGCGGCUACAUGUGCAUCUGCGCUCCUGGCUUCGCCGGCUGGAAUUGCGAGAGAACCGGGGAAGCUUGCAGAGCCGGCCUAUGUGGACCUGGGAAAUGCACCGAAACAGUGGACGGUUACAGGUGUGCUUGUCCCAUGUCUCACACAGGCAAGAACUGCGAGACGAAGCAACUGAUCGCGUACCCAGCUUUCACGGGGAGCGCAUUCCUAGCUAUCAACGCCCCGCCGCCGUCCCGUUCCAUGAAGAUGUCGCUAAAGAUCAGGGCAGCCACUCCAGUGACAGACGGCAUCAUCAUGUACUGCGCCGAGUCGUCGCGAGGAUACGGCGGCUUCACCUCACUGACCGUUCGAAAUGGAAGACUUGAGUUCCGUUACGACCUUGGAUCCGGAAGCACUCCCGUGGUGCUUACAAGUGACAGGCCAUUGCCCGCGAACCAAUGGAUCGACAUUCAGAUCGCCCGCCUCGCGGAUUCCGUCUCCAUGAAGAUCAACUUAGUACGCAGCUUCGAGAGACGUUUGGAUAGACCGGCUGAAAGCCUCCGGUUCGAGACUCCGAUGUUCGUGGGCGGAGUCGACGAUUCCACCGUGGUAGUGAACCCUAACGCCGGCGUCAGCGGCGGCUUCAGCGGAUGCAUUAAGGAUGUCGUGUUGAAUAGCAACGCCGUCGACAUAAACUCAUCGAUUAAGUCGUCGAACAUUCAAGAGUGCAACACGUACGACCGCGGCGAUAUUCAGGCGUCGGAGUCCUGCCAAUGCGAAAACGGAGGUUCCUGUUCGACUGAAUCCACCAAUUGCAUAUGCCCACCCGGCUAUACGGGAUCGUACUGCGAGACGCGCAUCGCAUCCUACCUGAUGUCGCCACCUCCGCCGGUAAACCCUUGCUCUCUGCACCCGUGUCGCAACGGAGGAACCUGCAAACCAGAUCGCAACUCUUGGAUGAACCACACCUGCGACUGCCCCUUGGGUUAUGCCGGAGCCUCGUGUCAGAUGCCUCUCGAAUUAGGCCAGAGCGUGGGCUUCAACGGCAACGGGUAUGUAGAGUUGCCGGCCAGUUUGCUUCGCUAUGAUGAACUGGCCUCGAACCCCGCUGUCAUCGCCCUCGCUGUGCACACCACAAACGACGGAGUACUGGCCUACCAGAGGGAAGGACAAGCUCCGCCUAACGAAGGCGAUUACUUCUUAUUGAGAAUUGAAAGAGGUUUCGUCGUACUCGAAUGGGACUUGGGCGGUGGUCUUUCUUCCAUAGUUGUCGAUGUUCCUAUUAACGACGGCGAGAGGCACCAGGUCGCCGCUCGUCUGCACGAGGACGGACACGCCUGGCUCUCCGUCGACGGAGUUGACAAGAGCGCGCCGGCCACCGGUAUCUCCAACGUCAUGAACGCUGACUCCAACAUAUACAUCGGUGGAAUACCAAGCUGGUUGAACAUCCACGGAUAUCCAGGCUUCAUCGGUUGCAUUGAGAAUGUUGAGACAACGGACAGCCACCGAGGAUUGAAUUUGCGAGACACCGCUGUGGCUGGUCGAAACACGCAGCUAUGCAGAGACUCCUGAUUUGAGUUCAUCGAAACGAAAACUACGAAAUAAUUAAGUAAAAAAUCUCUACGCUUUCAUAAAACUGGAAUGCAUCGUAUAUUUUAAAUAUUAUAAUCUCAUGAUUACGCAAUUAGAGGAUCUAUUAUCUUAAUUUACGAUUGGUCGAUCGUCAGAUCACUAUCAACUUACUACGAUAGCAAUAGUUGAGUUAUCUUCAAAGUUUAGUAUACAAGUUCGAUAAUAGGUCCUCGGUUGUCAUUUAAAAAUAAAUAUUCGUUGUGGUUUAGUAUAUAGAGAAAUAAUUGACAUUAUAUAUUACCGUUGUAUUUAGUAUUAAGAUUGAUUCGAUCACGACAAUACGUCUAUUAUGUAGUCUAUUAAUUUUUUAUUAAAUUAAGUGUUACUUAUAAUCAAUUUAACGUGGUUGGACCUUCGUAAUGGCUGCGUCGAGUUGCGGGGUGCUCGGAUGAGGAGCGGAUUUGGUGCCAUAAGAAUUGAAAAGGAAAUUUAAAAACUAAAUAAUAUAAUAAUGUAGCUAGGAGCUUGAAUAAUUGAAAAUAUUCUAUUUUUUAUUUUGUUUAAAGAAGUACUUUAUCAUUGUUUUCAUUUCGGCUUGUUUAUUAAGUUGUUUCUGUUUGUUCAGUUUAAUUCCAAAUUAUGAAUUUACGUAUAAUUUCAAUGCACCCAGUGAUAAGAUUUGUAAUGUGCCAAACGUGUUUGAAAGGAAUUUGUUUUUUACCUAUUUUUUCUUUUUUAGAGCACUGCCAUUUUGUUUCGCUUUUAUUCUUUAGGUAGUUGCAUUUCGCUUUUAUUUAGAGCUAUGUAAUGUUUUUUUUUUUAACAAACAUGUUACGUUGCUUACGAUUAAUUAACACGACUAGUUAUCGCGAUGGCAUUUAAUGUUUUCAAUUUCGUUUUGUUUUUUUCCUUCACGUGUUCUACUCGUAUAUAAAAACCGUUUUAAUAAUUUUUUAAUACUAAAAUAAUCGUGAAUGUACUGAAUAAUGUCGUUUAUCAAGAAUCUUGUAUUCGUAAUCUAUGAAAUUUCAAAAUGAACGUUUUAAACGAACCUGUCUAUAUUGAAUUUUAUCUUUAUGUAUCCGCUAAGUGAACAAAUGCAAAUUAACCAUUAAGAAAUGAAAAUUAUUGUCAAAAUAA